AUGGACGGGAGCGGGCGCGGAGAUCGCAACGACGAUGACGAUGAGUGGGACGAGACGAAUAACAGCGGGCUCCCGCCAGACCCGGCGGAGCCCCGUAACAGGAGGCCCGGGGAUGACAGUAACGCGUACGAAGAUGAAUAUGACGAGUAUGGGGAGGAGGGAGAAUACAGCGAAGGAGGCGAACGGGGAGGGGACGCGCGGUAUGGUGAAGAGGGGGAGUAUGGAGAAGAGGGAGAAUACGGGGAGGAAGGUGAAGGGUAUGAGGAUUAUGACCCAGAUGACCCGAAUUACCAGCAGCAGCUGCAGCAACAGCAACAGGGGUUAAGAGCUGCUCCCCCUCCCAAGGGACCUGGGCCUGGGGCAGGAGAGGGUCCGCCCGACGGCCCGCAGGAGGAAAACGAGUAUGAUUAUGACGAGUAUGGUGAGGAGGGAGAGUAUGCGGGGGAGGGUGAGGAGGGAGAAUAUGCGGGGGAGGGUGAGGAGGGAGAAUAUGCGGGGGAGGGUGAGGAGGGAGAAUAUGCGGGGGAGGGUGAGGAGGGAGAAUAUGCGGGGGAGGGAGAGGAGGGAGAGUAUGGGGGAGAGAGUGAGGAGGGAGAGUAUGGGGGAGAGGGUGAGGAGGGAGAGUAUGGGGGAGAGGGUGAGGAGGGAGAGUAUGGGGGGGAGGGUGAGGAGGGAGAGUAUGGGGGAGAGGGUGAGGAGGGAGAGUAUGGGGGAGAGGGUGAGGAGGGAGAGUAUGGGGGAGAGGGUGAGGAGGGAGAGUAUGGGGGAGAGGGUGAGGAGGGAGAGUAUGGGGGAGAGGGUGAGGAGGGAGAGUAUGGGGGAGAGGAUGAGGAGGGAGAGGGGCAAUAUAACGAGGGGGAAUAUGUAGAAGGCGAGUAUGAUGAAGGCGAAUACGUUGAAGGGGAGUAUGCAGAAGAAGAGUACGUUGGGGAGGAAGGAGAGCACGGAGAGGAAGAAGCUUAUAACGAGGACGGGGAGUAUGUUGAAGAUGGGGGAAACGAACAAGCAGCAGAAGGUGAUUAUGAGGAGGGAGAUUACGAGGGUGAGGGGGAGUAUGGGGGGGAGCAUGAGGGGGAGUAUGGUGACGAGUAUGGGGAAGAGCAUAAAGGGGAGCAUGAAGGAGAGCAUGAGGAAGAGCAAGAGGGGGAGUAUGGGGAGGAGCAUGAGGGGGAGUAUGGUGACGAGUAUGGGGAAGAGCAUAAAGGGGAGCAUGAAGGAGAGCAUGAGGAAGAGGAAGAGGGGGAGUAUGGGGGGGAGCAUGAGGGGGAGUAUGGUGACGAGUAUGGGGAAGAGCAUAAAGGGGAGCAUGAAGGAGAGCAUGAGGAAGAGCAAGAGGGGGAGUAUGGGGAGGAGCAUGAGGGGGAGUAUGGUGAAGAGUAUAAAGGGGAGCGUGUAAGAGAGCAUGGGGAAGAGCAUGAGGGGGAGUAUGAGGGAGAGCAGGGGGGGGAGUAUGAGGGAGAGCAAGGGGGGGAGCUUGGGGGGCGAAGAGAUGACUAUGACGACGAGGAUGGCCAUUACAAGGGGGACAGAGCGGGGCAUGUUCACGAAGGGGAUGAGUAUGCUGAAGGUGAGGAGUACAGUGAGGAAGGGGAGGAUUAUGCUGAAGGGGAGGAGGGUUAUAGAGAGGGCCCUGAGGGUGGUUAUAUCGAAGGGGGUGACAAUGCAGGGGAGGAAGGGGUGCACGAAAAACGAGAGGGUAAGGACGAUGGUGGUGGGGUUUACAGUGACGAUGAGUAUGGGGCUGAUGAUAACGGGGAUGAAAAUGAGUACCAGGGGGGAGAAAGGGGCGAUGGGGAUGGGCGGGAGGAAGGGCGUGAAGGGGAAGGGGAUGGGUCGGAGGAAGGAGAUAUGUACAGUGAGCGGGAGAGGUACAGAGGGGAGGAGGGGGAGGAGUAUGAGGAGGAGGAUAGGGGAGGGGAAGGUGAUUACAGUGAUGAAGGUGAUAUGUACGGUGAUGGUGAUGGUGAUGACAGAGGGGAGGAGCAUGAGCUGCGGGGAAGUAGAGACGACCGGUUUGGGGAUGAGGGUGAGGAUGACUAUAACGAAGAGAGAGAGUAUGGUGAUGAUGGGUUUAGUGAUGGCGGUGAUGAUAGAGUUAGUGAGACGGGGUUACGCAGAGAGGACGAGGAAGCAGGGGAGCAUGGAGGGGAAGCAGGGGAGCAUGGAGGGGAAGCGGAGAGCGGGGAUGCAAGGUAUCAGGAGGGAGUUGAGGGAGAGGGGGAAGGAGAGGGAGAGGAGGAGAGAGGUGGGGAGGGGGAAGGAGAUGGGGAGGGAGAGGAUAACGGAGAGGGAGUGGGAGAGGAAAACGGAGAUAGAGAGGGAGAGGGAGAGGGAGGAGAAGGAGAGGGAGAGGGAGAGGGAGAGGGAGAGGGAGAGGGAGAGGGAGAGGGAGAGGGAGAGGGAGGAGAGGAAGGAGAAGGGGAAGGAGAAGGAGAAGGGGAGGAUGGUGGGGAGGGUGAGGAGCGAGAGGGAGGGCUGUUGCAUGCAGGCAUGGAAAGGGGGGGGAGUGAGUAUAGCGAGGGAGACGAGGGGGAGUACAGUGAAGGGGAGCGCGACGUGGGGAGAGGUGGCUUAAGAGACGAGCAGGAGGGAGAGGGUGAUGAUUAUGAUGAUGGACGGAGGUAUGGGGGGGACGAGGAGGAUGUGAGUGAGGGAGAGAAAGAGUGGGGUGAGAGGGGGGAGGAAGGUGAGGAGAGAGAUAGGGAGAAUAGGGAGGGGGAAGAGGAGAAGGAGGAGGAAGAGGGAGCAGAGGGGGAGGUGCGAGAGAGAGGACGAGGGGGAGAAGAUGGUUCGGAGGAGGGAGGAGAUGAUUUGUAUGGUGGGUCGGAGGGCUCUGAAGCAGAGGAAUGGAGGGAGCAGCAGGCAGGACAGGAGCAGCACGGGGAAAGACAGGACGAGGAGGAUUAUGGUUAUGAUGAAGGUGAUGCUGCUGGUGGUGCUGAGGAUGAGGACGAGGAAUGGCGGCAGCAGGAGCAGCAGGAAGGGGAGGAGCAACAGGACGAGGAGGAAAGGCAGAGGGAUGGUGAUGAGGAGAAUGCGGAGUUGAGGAGGGAUGGGAGGGAGGAGGAGGGGAUGGAGAUGGAGGGGGAAGAGAUGGGCGAGGACAGAGAUUUGUUCUCAGAUGAAGAUAGAGAGGAAGAGAGAGAUGAAUUUGAAGAGGACAGAGAUGAUUACAGAGGCGAAGUUGGAGGAGAAGACAGAGGGGAAGGUAGAGGAGAAGAUGGUGAUUAUGGUGAGGGUGAAGGGGAGUUUGAUGGUGGGGAAGGAGGAGGGGAUCGCAGUGCUGCUGGGUCUGCUGCUGCACGCAGCAGUGGUGGGAGUGAGUAUGAUGAUGGGGGGAGCGCCCGUGGGAGUGAGUAUGACGAGGGGGGUGAUUUGUAUGAUGGCGAUGGUGCUAGUGAUGAUGGCAGAGGGGAGGACGAGGCUGCAGGAGCUGCUACUGCUGGUGUGGAUGGUGAUGUGGAUGGUGGUGGGGGUGAUGGUGGGGGUGAUGGUGGGGACGAUGAUGGAUACGGGCAGUAUGAAGACGGGUAUGAGGAUGAGGAGGACGCGGAAGCAAGGGGAGUGGAGGAUGAAGGGGAGAGAGGGCAGCAGCAGCAAGAAGGAGAGGGUGAAGAGGAGGGUUAUGAGGAUGAGGAAGGGGUGAGAGGAGGAGGAGGUGGGGAGCGUGAGGGAGAGGAGGAGGCGGAGGAGGAGGAGUUGUAUGGGGAUGAGUAUGAUGAGUAUGGGGAUGGAGUGGAGGGAGAGGAGGGGGAGGAGGGGGCUGAGGGGCGCGAAAUGGGAAGGGGCGAAGUUGGGAGAAGAGUGGUGCGUGGAGGGGUGGGGGCGGUAGAGGAGGGGAAUGGGGAGGAGGGCCCGGAAGGGGAGGAGGAGGAGGAUGAGGGGGAACGGGAGGAUGGGGAGGAGAAGCGAGAGCAUGAGGAGGAGGAGGAGGAUAUGUAUGGUGAAGAGGAUAAAGAUGAGUAUGAUGAAGAUGGUUAUGGUGAUGGGCAUGAAAGGGACAUGUAUGGGGAUGAAGAGGAGGAGGAUGGGUAUGGGGCGGGUGAUGGGUAUGGGGAGCAGGAGCAGGAGUAUGGGGAGGAUGGGGAGGGGGUUGUGGAUGUUGAUGGGGAUGCAGAUGGUGAUAUUGGAGAGGAGGAGCUUAGGCGUUCCCUGGAUGGAGAACAAGAGGGGCGGCUGGAGGGAGAAGGGCAUGAGGAGGAGGGAGAGGGAAGGGAAGAGGUAGGUUUGCGAGUCGAGGGGAGAGCGGAGGAAGAGUAUGAGAGAAGCGAUGAUGGUAGAGGAGGUGGGGGGUCGGAUAAGGAGGAGGAUGGCUGGAGGGACGAUGGGAGUGAGAAGCAGCACGAAGGGGAAGGGCGUUUGGAUGGUGAAGGGGAGGAGGUGUGGGAUCGGGAGGAGAGGGAGGUGUGGAGUGACGAGGAGGGGGAGAAGUGGAACGGGAGGAGAGGGGACGGAGACGAGGGGAGCGACGGUGACAGGUACGAGAGGGAGGAAGGGGAGGGAUGGAGUGAUGAGGAGAGGGAGAAGUGGCGAGAAGAGGGAGAGGGAGAGGGGGAGCGGGAAGGGGAGGGAGAGGGUGAAAGGAGAGGAAGACACGCAGAGAGCGAAGACGGGGAGGAGCGGUGGAGUGAGGGAGAAAGGUCAGAUGAUGGACGGGAGGAGGAUUAUGAGGGGGUGGAGAGAGGUGGGAAAGAGGGGUUUGAUGCAGGGGCGAGAGGUAAGAGCGGACAAGGCAUGGUCAAGCGAGUCAACGGAGAGAUCUUGCCUGGAAGCGGGGGUAUGAACGGGCGGGGAGGGUCCGAGGAUUAUUCAGACGAGGAAGAGGAAGGGAGGGAUGGGGAGGUGGAGGGGGAGGGAGAGGGGGAAGUGGGUGGGUUGGCAGGGGAUGGAGAAAAGGGUUCUGUGCGGGUGUAUGAGGUGGGGGCUGGGUGGGAGGAAGGGGGUAGUGAGGAUGGGGGGUUGGACUCUGGCGGGGGAGGGAGUGUGGUGGAAGGAGGGAGUGUGGUGGAAGGAGGGGAUGGCAGGGAGAGUGACGAGGAGCAAGAGGCGAGAGAGGAGAGAGGGGAGGGGGAGGAGGGAGAGGAGGGAGAGUAUGUUGUGGAUGGGGAGGAAGAAAGGGAGUAUGGUGAGGGAGAGAGUGACGGGGAGGGGAGAGACGGGAGCAACAGGGCAGCGAGGUUUGCAGUGGGGGAAGAAAAAUCGGAGGUAGAGGAGGAGGAGGAGCAUGCAGGAGGGGAGGUGGUGGAGGAGGAGGAAGAGUAUGAGGAGCAGGGUUAUGGGGAGGAAGGUGCGAGGAGAGAGAGGAGGUCAUGGAGGGGUUCGGGGAGUUUCAAUGGCAGUGGGAGCUGGGACGAGCGGGGAGGCGGGGAGAGAGAGAGAGAGCAGGACAUGUAUGGGUCAGGAUCGGAAGACUUGGAGUAUGAGAGGGAUGGCCGGUACGAGCGAGAGGGCCGGUUUGGGAGAGAGAAUGAGUAUGAGUAUGGAGACGAGGAGGAGGAGGAGGGGGGUGAGUAUGAGGGAGAUGGUAAUGGGUAUAGGGGGCAUGGAGAGCGCCGCAGCAGGAGGAGAGGCUCUUUUGGGGAUGAGGAUGAGGAUGAGGGUGGUGAUGGUGGUGGUGAUGGUAAUGGUGUGCUUGUGAGAGGGCGGGCCAGCAGUGGUGAAGCAUCACCUGUGUCACAGGGACGAGAGGAAGGAGAGGGAGGAGAUGGAGGGGAAGGUGAGGGCGGAAGGGAUGGGUUUGCACUGUUCAACCUUCCAGCGGGGUUGCCCUUAGGCAUGCCGCAAGGCUUGCCCCAAGGCCAGCCAGUUGACUACUCGGUCGGGGACCUCGAGAAGGCGUUUCGUGCCAUGCAAUCUGGUGCUGCUGCUGCUGCUGCUGCUGAAUCGGGGUCGAAACCAGGUGUUGCACCAUCGGGUGCUAAAGAAGCAGCAGCAACAGCAGCAGGUGCUGGAGCAGGAGCAGCUGCAGCAUUGGGAGCAGCGGGUGAAGCGUCUGUUGCCACAAAUGCUGGUGGGAAGGGUGGAGCAGGAAUGGGAAAGGCGAGGGACAGAGCGACAGGGGCAGUGGAAGGGGGUGGAGAGGGAGGAGAGGGGGAGAAGGAGGGGCGAGCGGGGUUUGCACUUUUUGAUCUGCCUGCUGACAUGGCGAAUAUCCCCCUGGGCCAACACGUGGACGAAUCAGUGGGCGACCUGUGGAAGGCGUUUCAAUCCAUGCAGGGGAGGGGCGGAGUGGCUGCUGUGGGUGGUGGGGGGGGGAUUGGAGAGUUAGGUGCUCUUUCUGCUGCUGCUGGUGGUGGUUCUGCUGCUGCUGCUGGUGCUGCUGGUGGUGCUCGUGGCGGCCUAAAGAUUCAUGAAGAGGCUGAGGAGGGGGAAAGUGGAGACGAAGGGAGUGAAGGCGAGGAUCCCGGUGGGCAGGAGAGGGGAAAGCAGCAAAGGGAGCAGGCAGAGAAGGAGGAGGAAGAGGAGGAGGAAGAGCAGGAUGAGGUGGGUUUGUCAUUCCUGGAUAAACUAAACCAGCUGCAGGAGCAUGGGAACGGGUUGGGCGUGCCUGCAACGGGGAUGGGAAGCUUGCUGCAAGAAGGCAUGGGCAUGGGGCUGGGAGCAGGCAUGGGCAUGGGCAUGGGCAUGGGCAUGGGCAUGGGCAUGGGCAUGGGCAUGGGCAUGGGCAUGGGUAUGGGCAUGCUGGGUAGCCCUCUGAACAGCCCGUUAUCAGCCAUGGGAAGCCCUUUUGGCAUGUCCGAUCCGUCCUUUCCGUCCCCAGCCUCGCACUCCCCCAACACACUCCCCUCGUCCCCGGGAGGUGGGAGGGCGGGCGGAGCGGGCGAGGCAGCAGCAGUGGGAGGGGAGGAUGUGGGCGUGGAGAAUCGGAAGCUGCCGGAGAACGUGCUACAGCUGAUGCGGGAGAAGAAGCCCGUUGUGCCUGGCACGGCAGAGCGCGAUGAUGAUGAGGAUGAGGAUGAUGAUGAUGAUGAUGAUGAUGAUGAUGAUGAUGAUAGUUUGAUGGGGGGAGAGGUGCGCGCACGAGACGAAGAGGAAGAGGAGGAGGAGGAUGGGGGGGGAGCGGGAGGAGGGUUUGGGCUGUUGGAUCAGCUGUUGAACUUCCAAGGCUCAGGGCCUCCUGGGGGCAUGGGCAUGGGCAUGGGCAUGCUGAUGGGGGGGGAUGGAGGCCUGCCGCUCUCAGAGAACGCUCCUGCUGGCUUGGCUGGUGGCUUUGGUGAGCUGCUAGCCGCCAGUGCUGCCCUCCUCGGCCCCAACAGCAGUGCUCUGCCAAAGCCGCCCCAGGAUGCCCCGGAUUCUCCCGACAGUGGCCCUCUAGCCGGGCUUCUGAGCAUGCAGAAUGAUGCAGGAGGGAAGGGCGGUGGGGGCCUGGCAGGGGGGUUUCCGAUGGAUGGGGGGCUGGCAGGGGCGUUUGCACGGCUGCAGGAGGAGGAGAAGAAAGUGGGAAGGGGGACGGAGGGGAAGGCGGUAGGGGGCACACCACGUGUGACGCGGGUGAGGUUUGUUGAAGAGCCGGAGGAGUGGGGGGCUGGAGAUGUGCAGGAGGAGGAUGAGGAGGAGGAAGUGGAUGAGGAGGAGGAGAGAGGGGAGGAUGAGAGGGAGGAGGGAGAAGACCGUGAGGGGAUGGUGGAGGAGGAUGAGGUUAGGGAAUAUGGGGAGGAGGAGGGAGACGAAAGUGGGAGGAGUGGUGAUCAAAGGGGUGAAGGCGAAGGGGAAGGCGAGGAGGAAGAAGAGGAGGGGUAUUAUGAGGGAGGGGAGCGCAGGGAUGGGGAGCAGGGCGAGGAGGAGUAUGGGAGGGAGGACGAUAUGUAUGAAGAGGGGGAUGGGUACCCGAGGGGGGAGUAUGAAGGAGAGGAGGCGGGUGGGUUUGAAGACGAAGGGGAGCGUUUUGAGGGCGAGGAAGGGCGGAUGGAUGGAAGUGAAAGGUAUGAGGAUGAGGAGGGGGCGUAUGAUGAGGAUGGGUAUGGAGAGAGGGAGUAUGGGGAGGAAGGGCAGCAGAGAGGAGAGGGGUAUGAGGACGAGGAGGGUAUUGGAGAGGAAGGGGAGAUGAGGGAAGGGAUUGUUGAAGGGAGUGAUGACAUGUAUGGACAGGAGGGGCAUGAGGGAGGGAUGGGGCAAGGGAACGAGGAGAUGUAUGGAGAGGGGGAAGAUGGGGAGAUGUAUGGGGGAGGGGAAGGGGGCGAGAUGAUUGAAGGGGAGGAGGGAUAUGAUGAGGGGGAGUAUGGGCACAUGGAGGGGGCAGAACAGGGGGAGUAUCAGGAGCAGGAGGGGUAUGAUCAGGACCAGGCAGGGUUCGAAGAGCAGGGGGAGGGCUUUGGUGAAGAGGAGGGGCUGUAUGGAGAGGAAGGGGAAUACGAGGAGGAGCAAGGGAGGGUGCAUGGGCAAGGGUAUGAAGGAGAGGAAGGAGAGGAAGGGGAGUAUGGGGAAGGUGGUGAGGGAUACGGAGAAGAAGAGCAGUAUCCUGGGGAGGGACAGUACCCGCCAGAGGAACAAUACCCGCCAGAAGAACAGUACCCGCCAGAUGCUGAGGGAUAUGACGGGCAGUACCCUCCUGAUGAGCAGUAUCCCCCAGACGAGCAGCAGAGAGGAGGGUAUGGAGGAGAAGCAGAGGAGGGGUAUGGCGGUGAUGGGAAUGAGGAUGGGCAGUUUGAGGAGGGCGGCAUGCAAGGAGAGGGGUAUGGGGAGGAUGAGUAUGGGGGUGCUGGUGGGCAGGAGGAGGGGUAUGGGCAAGAGGGGGAGUAUGGGCAGGAGGGGGAGUAUCAUGGGGGAGAGAUGCUGCAGGAAGAGGAAGAGUAUCAGGGGGGCGAACAGUAUCAGGAGGGUGAACAGUAUCAGGGGGACGAACAGUAUCAGGAGGGUGAACAAUAUCAGGGGGAUGAACAGUACCAGGAGGGUGAACAGUAUCACGAGGGUGAACAGUAUCAGGAGGGUGAACAGUAUCAGGGGGAUGAACAGUACCAGGAGGGUGAACAGUAUCACGAGGGUGAACAGUAUGAGGAAGCAGAGGAGGGGUAUAACCAGGGGGACGGGUAUGUGGAAGGUGAGUAUGGAGGGGAUGGGGGUGAAGGUGGGGCGGGCAUGGGGUUUCAUGGGGAGGAGGGGCAUGAUGACAUGGGGUAUGCAGAGGAGGAGCAGUAUGCAGAGGGGGGAGGGGAGGGUGGCGCAGGGGAUGGUUAUGAUGGUGGGGAGGUGUAUGGGGAAGGAGGGGGGUAUGGGGAGGGAGAGGGGUAUGGGGAGGGAGAGGGGUAUGGGGAGGGAGAGGGGUAUGGGGAGGGAGAGGGGUAUGGGGAAGGCAUGGAGGCACAUGGGGAGGAGGGGCAGGGAUAUGGGGAGGGAGAGGCAGAGUAUCAUGAUCAGGAGCAGCAGUAUGAGGGAGAGGGGGGAUACGAAGGAGAGGGUGGUUAUGAGGGUGAGGGAGGUUAUGCAGGGGAUGGGGGCGAUGGUGAUGGUGGUGGUGGCGUUGGGAUGGGUUUAGGCAGCCCUAUAGCACACAUGGGUGCGAACUCAGGCAUGGGGCCAGGAGGGGAGUUUGGUGGUGGCAUGGCGGGUGAUGGGUAUGGGGAGAUUGAGGGGCAACAGGGGUAUGGGCCGGAGCAUGGGCAGUAUAUGGGGCACGACGGUGAGCAGUAUAAUGGGGAGGGGCAGUAUAACGAAGGUGAGCAUUAUAAUGAAGGGGAAUAUAACGAGGGUGAGCAGUAUAACGAGGGUGAGCAGUGUAACGAAGGGGAGCAGUAUGUCGAAGGGGAGCAGUAUGUCGAAGGGGAGCAGUAUGUCGAAGGGGAGCAGUAUGUCGAAGGGGAGCAGUAUAACGAAGGCGAGCAGCAGUACCAAGAAAACGGCCAGGGUGCGGAGCAAUACGAGGGACAGUAUGGAGGACCCGAGGGGCCUGGAGAAUACCAUGAGGGCUACCAAGGAGGAGAAUACCCAGAGGAGGGAUACCAAGAUGGGGCGUAUCAUGGGGAAGAGGGGUACCAUGAAGGGGGGGAGUAUCCAGAAGGGGAAUACCAUGAGGAUCAGGCCGGGUACUAUGACGGGGAAGGAGGAGAUGGUGCAGGUGGUGGUGACGGUGGUGCUGCUGCUGGUGCUGGUGCUGAUGCUGAUGGGCAGUAUAUGGGGGGUGGUGAUGGUGCAUAUGGUAUGAUGCAGGGGCAGCAGGAGGAGGAUGGGUACAUGGGAGAACGGGACCAGGCAGGCUUGCAGGGAGCGUACGGGGGAGCAGGUGGGGUGGGAGAAGGGGAGGGCGGUGGAUAUUCCCGUGACGGGCGUUACUACGAGGAGCAUGUGCGGCUGAACGGGGCAGGAGACGGAGGGGGAGAGGGGGGAGGAGGAGGGGGAGGGGGAGGAGGAGGAGGGUACUAUGGUAGGCCGCCGGGUAGCCCGUAUCCCAUGAACAUACUCGGGAGUCCCUAUCCUGACGAGCGGCCUAUGAGCCCGUAUGCGGACGGGCAGGGGUAUGAUGCUGGGGAGCAAUACGGGGACGGGCAGGGGUAUGACGAGGGGCAGGGGUAUGGGGAUGGGCAAGGGUAUGCAGAAGGACAGGGGUAUGGGGAUGGGCAAGGGUAUGCGGAGGGUCAAGGGUACGAGGAAGGGCAGAUGAGCCCCUAUCCUGAUGGCAAUCCCAUGAGCCCUCUUCCUGACGGGCAUUACCCGGAUAGCCCCUACCCUGGCGCCCUUUACCUCGACCAGCAGCAGCAGCAGCAGCAGCAGCUGGGGGGAGACGGGGAGGAGCAGCAGGAGUAUGGGGAGGGCGCGGGCAUGACCCCGUACCCCGAGGAUGGCGGCAUGAUGAGUCCGUUUGGGGAUGGUGGCGGCGGUGGUGGUGGUGGUGGUGGUGGUGGUGGUGGUGGUGGUGGUGGUGGUGGUGGUGGUGGUGGUGGGCAGUACGGGGAAGGGCAGUAUGAGGAAGGGCAACUCAGCCCAUACGGGUACCCUGACGGCGGCGGCGGCGGUGGGGCCGGCCAUGGGUAUGAAGGGGAGCAGGCGUAUGGUGGCGAGCCGGGAUACGGCGACGGGGAGAUGAGUCCAUACACACCCCAGGCACCCCUCAGCCCCUUCCCCGACCAGCAGCAGCAGCAGCAGAGGCCGAUGAGUCCGCUUCAGGGGGACAGGCCUGGUAGUCCGUACGGCGCCAUGCAGGCCCCUGGGAGCCCGUACCAUCAUGAGCAAGCGCCUGGGAGCCCUUAUCACCAUGAGCAGGCUGCAGGCAGCCCGUACCACCACGAGCAGCCCCCUGGGAGCCCGUACCACCAGGAAGGGGGCGCGGGAGGGGGCGGUGGCAGUGGCGGUGGUGCGUACUAUGGGGAACGGCUGGGAAGCCCGUAUCACCAGCAGCAGCAGCAGCAGCAGCAGCAGCAGCAGCAGCAGCAGCAGCAGCAGCAGCAGCAGAACGGGAUGGGGGGGUUGCACGGGGCGAGGAACGCCCCUGGAAGUCCCUACCAUGAGGAAAGGCUUGGGAGUCCUUACCACGAGGAACGGCUUGGGAGUCCGUACCACCAGCAGCCGCACCAGCAGCAGCAGCAGUACGGGAGUGAGUAUGAGCAGAGGGUGGGAAGCCCGUAUCAUAUGGAACCGCCAGGCAGCCCAUAUCACGAAGAGGGGGUGGGAGGGGGAUAUGGAGAGGAGGGUGUGGAGGGGGGGUUUGAUGGGCAGCAGGGGAUGGCAGGGGGCGAGGGCGGGCAGUGGGAGGGGCAGUAUGGGGAGAAUGGCGGCGGGGAUGGGUAUGGUGGCGGGUAUGGGUUUCAGGAGCCGCUGACGCCUACUAGUCCGCAUGAGUAUGCCAUGGCAUUGCACCGAGAGCAGCAGCAGCAGCUGCAGGAGCUGCAGCAGCACCAGCAGCAACAGCAGCAGCAGCAGCAGUUGGGGCAGGGACUUAGGAUUGCCCGCCCAGACUCGUCUCGCUCCUCCGACCGCCCCCCUAGCCGUGUCUCGUACCAGGAUGAUACAGACAGCCGGCCGCCCAGUAGGGUGUCUUAUGCUGAGUCAGACAGCCGCCCAUCCAGCCGCAUGUCUCGAAGAGGGGCGGCAGGGCCGGCAGGAACAGGAGGCGGGGGACCAGGGGCGGUGGGAGCAGGAGGGGGGAGAGGAGGGGUGGAGGUGGGGGAGGAAGGAUACGCUGCGUUUGGGUUCUACGGGCAGCCGUCCCCGCGGUUUGGAGGGGUGGGGAGGGAUAUGGAGCGGCCAACGAGCCGGCAGAUGAGCCGGGGCUUUUCAGGUGCUUCCCACGGGGGGUCGGACCUAGAGCGGCCUGUCAGUCGGCAUGGGGCGGCAGAAUAUGACGAGUUUGGCCGCCCGCUCAGCCCACUGACCCCACGCAGCCCACUCAGCGGGGAGGGGGUGGAUAGGCCACUGAGUAGACACGGGCAGAGAGGGAUAAUGGGGGUAGAGUAUGUGGAAGGCGCAGGGGGGAUGGGGGGCAUGGGGAGUGGGGGUGACGGGGGUUAUGGGGGUAUGGAUGGGGGGAUGGGAGGUGGAUGGGCAGAUGGGGGAUUGGGAUCACCCAUGGGAGGUAUUGGGGGGGGAUAUGGGGGAAACGGAGCAUUAGGCUCCCCUGUGGGGUUUGGAGGUGGUGGGUUAGGAUCGCCGAUAAGCUUGGGGGUGAUGCCUGGAGGGGAAGGAGGAGGAGGGGGAGGGAUGGGGAGUCCCCUGGGGUCUCCUAUUGGCGGAGGUCCCUUGGAAUCUCCGAUAUCACUGGGUGGCGGUCUGGGCGGCGGGUUGGAGGAUGAUUCUUAUGCGGAGAGUGCGUAUAUCGAGCAUAAGAUGCCGACUCUGCGCGCGGAGGGGCUGCCUAUGGCUCCUCCAGACGAUCCUAAUGACAUGCCUGCAAUCUCCUUUGAUAGAGUCACAUCCAUUCGGGGACCUGCAGGUGGCAUGGGAGGAGGAAGAGCAGGAGGAGGGUUUGCGUUUCCUUCUGCGGGCCACGGGGAGGAGUAUGGGGAGGACGAGGAGGAGGAGGAGUACGGGCAUGGGGGCGGGUAUGGCAUGAUGGGGGGGUAUGAGGAUGUGGGUUUCACGAGCAUUGGCGUGGGGGCGGAGCUAGGGCCUGUUCCUGAGGUGGAUGAAGAUGCUCUAUUAGAAGAGGAGGAUGAUGAUCAAACCCCAGGGCUGUUCUCUGCAGGGGAGUUUGACGGGCGACAGGUGGAGGAGGGCGAGGUGGAGGGCGAAGGGGAGGAUGAGGAAGGCGAGGAGGGAGAGGAGGAGGAGGAGGCGGAGGAGGCGGGCGAGGAGGGAGGGUAUGGGGAUGGGGGGUACGAGGAGGGAGGGUACGGCGAGGGAGAGGAUGGAGGGAACGGGGUCGCUGGAGGGGACCUCGAGGAGGGAGAGGAGGGCGAGGAGGGGUAUUAUGGAGAAGAAGGGAUGGGGGGUGAGGGUGGCAUGGGGAUGGAUGGAGGGGAAGGUUAUGGGGGGGAAGAAGGGGGGUAUGGGCAGGAAGGGCUAGAGGGGCAAGAGGGAGGGGGGUAUGGAACGGGAGGGUCUGGUUUCGACAACCAGUGGGUGUCUCCUCGGCCCAUGCCACCUGCUGCUGCUUCCUCUGCUGCUGCUGCUGCUGCUGCUGGUGCUGGAAAGAAGGCAGGCAAGGUGGGGACGAAAAAACAGAAGGGCAAGGCUGCUGGGGCAGGACCAGGAGCAGUAUCAGGGGCAGCCGCAGGGGCAGCAGCAGGGGCAGCAGCAGGGGCAGCAGCAGGGGCAGCAGCAGGGGCAGCAGCAGGGGCAGGAAGUGGAGGAGUGGGAGGCACGGGCAUGCAGGCUCAGGGAGGGAAUGAGCCUGGAAAUGACCCGGACUACUACUCCCAGUUGAUGCCUGCUGACGGUGCGUCAACCCCGCGCCUGAGCCCGUACAACCCGUGGGAGGAGGAGGAGACGCUGCUGCUGGAGGGGUCUGUUGCGCAGCACAAGCCUAAGCUGCAGAAACAGCAACAGAAGCAGCAGCAGCAGCAGCAGCAGCAGCAGCAGGAGCAGCAGCUGCAGGAGCAGGAGAGAGGGGCAGGGAAGAAGAGUGUUGGUGGGCAGGAGGGGAAGGGCAAGGCUGGAGGGAAGGCAGCCUCUCCUGAAAAGGCUCUGGCAAAGAGGGCAGCAGCUGCUGCAGCAGCAGGUGCUGCUGGUGGUUCUGCGAAGGAGAAGGUGGGGAAAAAGGCGUUGUCAGAGCUGAGAAGAAGAGGCAUUUACCAAGAAGACUACGCCUCUCCUCCUAUGCUUCUUGCUGAUCACUCCCCAGCUGCCAGCAUAUCACAGGGUAGCAUCAGCGGUUCUGCUGCCUCUGCUGCCGCCGCUGCCGCUGCUGCAGCUGGUAGUAGCAGCAGCAGGGGAGGGACUCCCAAUGGUUCUGCUGCCACUGGUGGUGGCAGUAACAGCAGCGUGGGUCCCAGCGCUGCUGGUAAUGGCGCUAUGGAGCUAGACUCGUUUGUUGACCUGUGCUUGGAUGAAAUGGUACCUUCUGGGAAGAAUGAGCAGCUGCUGCAUCAGCAGCACGAGCAGCAGCAGCAGCAGCAGCAGCAAGGGAGGGGUGGGGGGAGAGCGGAGGAGACGAGCAGCGGCAGUGCGAGGGACUCAGGCAAGGGCACUGCGGCAGGGAUAGGUGCUGGUGGUGGGGAGAGCAGCAGCGCGAGUGCGAGUGAUGGGCUGACCACGGAGGGCUCGCAGGCGUUCAUGCUGCUCACCAACCGCAGCCCUGCCAUCACUGAGAGGGAAUUCCGCCCCUUCAUUCGCCAUGACAUACCCAUGAUCGUUCCGCCGUCCCCCGACUCUCUCGCGCACGCAGCAGCCCUCCUGACCGCAGCGCAGGAGCACGAGCACCAGCAGCAGCGCGCGCUCGGCUUCGGCGGCCUGGACCGCCGCCUGCUCCUCUGCAUCCUCUCAACCAUCGACUCCCCCCGCGACUGGCUCUCCUUCUCCCUCGCGUGCAAGCCCUGGCGCGCAGCAGCCUACUACGGGCUACGCUCCCUGCGCCUACACCGGGGCCGGAGAGUCAACACAAACGGGCUGAUCCGGGCGCUCUCGCACUGCCCGAAUCUCACCGCCCUGGAUAUCCCCGGGAUGAGUCUCGACCAGCCGGUUACCAACGAUCUGCUGUGCACCAUUGGGUAUUCUUGUCCGGACCUCCGGCACUUGUCGAUUGGCGGUGACCCUGAGCUGGGGUAUUCGUUUCGGGAGUCGGGGCUCGCGCUGCUGUUCUCAGGGUGCACGAACCUCGUUGACUUGCGGUUGGAGGCGUUUCAGAGAAUUCAGGUGAAGGGCAACGCUGUCGCCGUCGCAGCAGCAGCAGCAGUAGCAUCCUCCACCGCUCUCUCCGCAGUCCUUUCCUCCGCCGCCUCCGCCGCAGCCUCGCUCUCAUCCCACCACACACCACCGCCUCAAACCGACCCAAACACCACAGCCGCCGACGGCAUAACCUUCCUCCCAGAAGCCUUAGGCGACCUCAUCCACCUGCAAACCCUAGUCCUCAGCUUCCACAACGGCCGCCACCACGUCCGCCUCCCUGACUCCAUCGACCGCCUCUCCGCCCUCCGCUCCCUCGAGCUCGCCUUCACCUACCCUGCAUGCGUCCCCCCCUCUCUCUGGUCCCUCACUUCCCUCCGAGUGCUGCGCCUGGUGGGCUGGAAGGGCCUUGCUCUCCUCCCCAACUGCCUCGGCGAGCUAGCCAGUCUCCAAAUCCUCGACCUCCGCUGCUCCGAGCUCGUAGACCUGCCACCGUCCGCCGGUCUCAUCCGCUCGCUGCACGAGGUGGUCUGGGAGACCAAGCGCACGCGGGAGCUCGAGGCCUUUGGCUCAUCCGUCCCGCCAUCCAUCGUCGACUUUCCUUCCAUCCGCCGCCUCACUCUCAAGAACGUCUGGACCGUCUCUGGGGACAUUCAGCACCUCUCUGCGCUCACUCGCCUGGACAUCUCCGGAGCUAAAGGCCACCUGCGCUCGCUCCCCGAGGCUAUCGGCAGCCUGCCGAACCUCGUCCAUCUGGACGUGCGCGGGUCGUUCCGAGCCAUCCCAGCCUCCAUCGGCCGCCUGCGCCGGCUCGAAGUGCUCCGGCUACUCAGCGAGGUUCUCGAGGUGUUACCUCAGGAGCUCGGGGACCUGACCAGCCUUCGCCAGUUGCGUCUCGACGGCUGCCGCUCCAACCCUCCUCUCCCGGACUCUCUCUGGCAGCUGCAGCAGCUGCGAGUGCUCUCCAUGCCGUGCGACCGCGUCCCGGAUGAAAUCGGCGAUCUGCAGUCACUCCACGCACUCGAAAUCGACUGCGAUACGUCCCGCUCCUCCCCGCACCACGCGCUGCCGGCACGCAUCGGCUGGCUGAGAGAGCUCAAAGAGCUGCGCCUCGUCUGCCCCUACCUCCGCUCCCUCCCAGCCUCCUUUGUCUCCCUCUCCUCCCUGCGGGAGCUCCAGCUGCAAUUCGCCGGCCCGCUGCCAAAAGACUUUGGCCUCCUCACCUCGCUCCGCCGCCUCGUGCUCGACAGCCGGGAAGUUUACGCGCUGCCCGAGUCCUUUGGCGACCUGACCGGGCUCGAAACCCUGACCCUCGUCGGCGAAAAGCUAUCCACCAUUCCAGAGACUUUCGGAAACCUCUCCUCGCUGCGCUCCCUCUCCCUCGUGAACUGCUCGGGCCUCACCAGCCUGCCUGCCUCCUUUGGCGAUCUUUCCAGCCUCACCAGAAUCGAGGCGUCCUGUCGGGAUCUUGCAUGGCUGCCCGUGUCUAUCGGGAACCUAUCAGCGCUGCAGGUUCUGGAGGUGCAGAGCAGGCGGUUGUCUCAGCUGCCUGAGUCGUUUGGGAACCUGACCUCCCUGCACACGCUCAAGCUGCACUGUCCCAUGCUGCGCUCGCUGCCUGCUAGCUUUAGGCAAUUGCCUGAAAUGGUCCGUGCUCAUGCAGGUGUGAAGCUGUAUGUGAGUUAG